AUGACCUCGUUGAUGAGCAAGCGCCAACAGGCGCGCAACGAGAAGGCCCUGCAGGACCUGGUGCAGAGUGUGCCAGGUAACAACUUCUGCGCCGACUGCAACGCCAGGAACCCAGCAUGGGCAUCAUGGAGUUUGGGCGUGUUUCUCUGCAUGCGAUGUGCAGCCAUCCAUCGCAAGCUUGGCACCCACAUCUCCAAGGUUAAAUCGCUGAGCAUGGACGGCUGGUCGAACGAUCAAGUUGAGAAUAUGAAGCGGGUAGGCAACGCCAUUUCCAACAAAAAAUACAACGCCCAGAACAAGAAGCCGCCAGUACCUAUCGAUGCAGAUGAAGUCGACUCGGCAAUGGAACGAUUCAUCCGUGCAAAGUAUAUGCAGAGCGUGGCAGCACCGGCAGCCCAUGACGCUCGACGGCACGACAGAGCCAGUACGGAGUCAGACGAAGGACCGCCUCCUCCCUUGCCGCCUAAGACGGGUGGCAGUUUCUUCAAAAAGAGCUCUGCCACGUUUCCUCUGUCAUUCCGAUCCAGGAAAACCCCUCUUAGUCCGAAACAUGACACGCCCCAGCAACUUCAGAGCAAGCCAUCCAAGGUCUUCGGCGCGAGCGUUAAUCAGGACAGCCCUGAGGAAAUGGCCCCAAAGCUCUCGCACCUUCGCGACAUGGGUUUCGCAGAUGACAAGCGCAACGCUAUGGUCUUGAAAGGUGUAAACGGCAAUCUCCAGAAGGCGAUAGAGGCGCUUGUACGGCUCGGAGAAGGUGGAGGAAUACCACCUUCCCUGGGUUGUGCCCGCCAAAAUUCCCUGUCAACUUCGAGGUCGAUGACUUCAUUGAAGACAGGGCCUCCUGUAACGCCUGUGGGCUUGUCGAGAACCAGUCCGGCGGCAAGCCCCAGUCCAGCAACAUCCAACAAUCCUUGGGAUAUGCCACCAGCUCAACCGCAGUCAUCUCAGUCAACGGGUACACUACAGAAUCGGAAUCCUUUCUAUUCAACCAAUCCAUUCGGGAUGCCGGUUCAACAAGCCGAGUUCACCUUGAACCAGUCGUUGCAGAACCUCUCUCUGACGCCAUCCCAGCAACAGCUCUUCCCACAUCACACUGGAGGUAUAACUACGCCUGCGCCAACGCAACCGCAGCAGCAACAGCAACCGAUGUACCAGCAAUCUAUGGCGACGCCAGUACCUCAAAACCAAGACUUCGCAUCUACUGCAUUUAAUAAUCAAACCUACCAACAACCGCUUCAGCAACCUCAGCAAAGUUACAACCCGUUUCUGCAGGCACCCGCAUCGCAGAAACCGCCACAGCUCUCCGUGACCGCGACACCAUUUUUAAACCAGGGUAACAAUCCAUUCACCCGCUCGCCUACCAGGAUGACGUCGCCAACGACGCUGAAUCAAAUCCCCGAGCAAGCACAGCAAAAUUUCUACAGCUCCCUGCAAUCGCAAACUUUGAACCAGAUCCCUGAGCAGUCGCAACAACACUUCUACGGCGCACCCCAGUCGCAGUUUGGGAAUAACCCGUUCUUUGCCACGGGUCAACCAGCGCAACAACAGCCGCAGGCGUUCGACCAGGGCUUUUACCAACCUGAGCAACAGGCCCAGCAAGCACCAGCGCCGCAUCCAGUGUACCAAUCGCAGCAGCAGACCAAGGCAGACAUUUUGGCCUUAUACAACUACCCGAGUCUUGCGCCGACUCCGGUACAACAGCCACAGGACCAGAGUGUGCCCAACACAGAGGCUGCUGCUCACGUGGCCUCUACUCUGGUAGUGCAAACAUCACCACGGCGCAGUUUCUCGACGCCUUUGCCGGCGGGAAACAAAAACCCCUUUUUGAAUGGAGGUGCGUCGUCACCCUCAGCGGCGUUCAGCAACCCUGCGCCUACUGGCAGUGCUCGAAGUCGCGAAAGCAUGACUUUGGGGAUGGAGAUGGCCUGGAACAAUGGCCGUCAUAGCCCGGAUGCAUUUGCCAGUCUGAGUGCGAGGAGCAGUUGA